GCCAAACUCUCGGAGCGAAGCGGGGCCCUCCCUCUCCCCGCCAUCUCCGCCAAUGCAAACGAGACAGAGGCGGGCCCAGUGGCGGAAGGAGCAUGGCGUGGAGGCAGCUGAAAAAGCGGGCCCAGGAUGCCCUGGUCAUCCUGGGGGGCGGAGGACUUCUCUUUGCCUCCUACCUGACAGCCACGGGUGAUGAGUAUUUCUAUGCUGAACACUUGAUGCCGACUCUGCAGGGGCUGCUGGACCCUGAGUCAGCCCACAGGCUGGCUGUUCGUGUCACCUCCCUGGGGCUUCUUCCUCGUGCCACAUUUCAAGACUCUGACAUGCUGGAAGUGAGAGUCCUGGGCCAUAAGUUCCGAAAUCCAGUAGGAAUUGCUGCAGGAUUUGACAAGCAUGGGGAGGCUGUGGAUGGACUUUACAAGAUGGGCUUUGGUUUUGUUGAGAUAGGCAGUGUUACCCCAAAACCUCAGGAAGGAAACCCCAAACCCAGAGUCUUCCGCCUCCCUGAGGACCAAGCUGUCAUUAACAGAUACGGAUUUAAUAGUCACGGGUUCUCAGUGGUGGAACAAAGGUUACGGGCCAGACAGCAGACACAGGCCAGGCUCACAGAAGAUGGGCUGCCGCUGGGGAUAAACCUGGGGAAGAAUAAGACCUCGGCGGACGCUGCCUCGGACUAUGCAGAGGGGGUUCGAGUCCUGGGCCCCUUGGCUGACUACCUGGUAGUGAAUGUGUCCAGUCCCAACACCGCUGGGCUGCGGAGCCUUCAGGGAAAGGCUGAGCUGCGCCACCUGCUGACCAAGGUGCGGCAGGAGAGGGACGCCCUGAAGAGCGCGCACAAGCCGGCCUUGCUGGUGAAGAUCGCGCCCGACCUCACGGCCCAGGACAAGGAGGAUAUCGCUAGUGUGGUGAGAGAGUUGUGUAUCGAUGGACUGAUUGUCACGAACACCACAGUAAGUCGCCCUGCCGGCCUCCAGGGUGCCCUGCGCUCUGAAACAGGAGGGCUGAGCGGGAAGCCCCUCCGGGAUUUAUCAACACAAACCAUCCGGGAGAUGUAUGCACUCACCCAAGGCAGAGUCCCCAUCAUCGGAGUUGGUGGGGUCAGCAGCGGGCAAGAUGCACUGGAGAAGAUUCGGGCGGGGGCCUCCCUGGUGCAGCUGUACACGGCCCUCACCUACCGGGGGCCACCCGUGGUGGGCAGAGUCAAACGAGAGCUGGAGGCCCUUUUGAGGGAGCAGGGUUUUACCAGAGUCACAGAUGCCAUUGGAGCAGAUCAUCGGAGGUGAGGACAUUAUCCGUGGCAAGUGUGAUCCGGAAACUUCCCACUAACUCAGGCGAGCCUUUGUGGCUGGAUCAAAAGAGGAGGGACUCUGUUUCAAGCCACACCCCCAAACUCCAAGAGCCCUUUCUCUGAGGCCAGGCUGGGCUGUAAAAGCCAAUUGUGAGGGUCUCCAAAUCAACACAAGGCUUUCUUCAAUCACCAGUCAAGCCAUGAACUGCAUUUAGGGCUUUUUCCAGACAUAAAUCCUACGACCCUUUAAUAUUGCAAGGACAUUAGAUAUUUGGCGGGGGUAGGAGGGGGUAAUAAAGCCAUUUCAAACCUGGAUUUAAGUCUCAGCCCUUUCUGGAGGGCCUCUGCUACUCGGGUUCUGAGGCGGGCUUCCCAGGAGCUUGACUCUCUUUCAUUCUAUCUUUAUUUUUUUUAAAUUUUAACUUUAUUUUGAAACUAUUUCAACAGAAACAAAAGCUGUAAGAAAAGGGCUGUGGAUGGCUAUCCUCUCCCAGUGUCUUCAUACCAUCUUCCUCUGAGUGUCUGUGUCCUGAUCUCUUAUAAGGACAUCAGUCAUUUUGGAUUAGGGCCCACCCCAGUGACCUCAUUUUAACUUGAUUACCUCUGUAAACACCCUGUCUCCAAAUAAGGUCACACUGUGAGGUACUGGGGGAUUUCAACAUAUCCAGUUUUGGGGAGAUAUAAUUUAACCCAUCACAAGGAAUGUGCUUGCUGACUCCCUGCUUUCAUGUCUGUGACCUGAGGUGCCCUUACGCAGACAGAUUCUCAAGGUGCUUGAAGAUACUAGACAAGAGGCCAAAGAGGUAUAGUCAUUAGCUAACGAAAUAGAGAAAUGCUAAUCUUUUCAAUACCGAAAAGCAAAUGGUGAAGAGAAACCCUGUCUGGGAAGAGCUGUUGAUGUCAACAGAAAAAUCACCUUCGUUCCCAUCGCCGUAGUACAGGUUGUAUUUUAAAGUGAUUUCUCGGUACCUCUGUGGAGAUACUGAGAAAUAUAUGUGCAAUAACGAUAACGAGUCCUGUUGCCUCAUCUUUUCAUCUCGGCCCAGCGUGGCCCUUCCUCCGUCCACUCAGUCUCUGCCAAGAAACCAGCGGCCAGGCUCCUGUUGUUUUUUUUCAAAGAUCUUUUUCCUGGUUUUUAUCUCACAAUGAAAAUAAUGCCUACUCAUAUAUAAAUUUAAACAAUACAGCCUCCAAAUAAAAGCUGUCUACCUCUGUACCCCUCAAUCCUACUUCCCAGAGCUAAUUGGUUAAUUUUUAUAUCUAUCUAGAUUUUUCCAGACAUUUUUCUUUGUAUCUAUGAACAUGUAUAUCCAUAGCUAUCUUUUUCAUCUAUCUGCAUAUUCAUAUAGAAUUGUUUCAAGGACAGUACAAAGAACUAUUAUUCAAUACUCAGUCAUAUGAGAGUAAAUUGCUGAUCUGAUGCCCUAUCAUCUGAA